UUCUCUCCCUCCCUCUCUGCGCACAAAACGUUGCACGUUCCUUUUGAACCAGCAAUUACACGAUCUCCAAAAUCUGUAAGUUUUCACAUGUCACACGCAUCAUUCUCUUUUAUUUCCUCUCCUUUAAUUUCACACUUUUUUUUUCCUAAAUAGUUUUCAUUUUACUCCUUAUUUAUUACUAAUUUUUACUUAAAAAUUAAUUGAAUGAAAUUUUGAUGAGUAUCUAUAAUUCUAUAUUGUGAUUCAAGGUUUACUUGUAAACUUAGAUCGGCUUUCAUGGAUUCAAAUAGCCCAUCUUCUUCCUUUUCUUCUGGCCGUAAGUGGAAAUAUGACGUAUUUUUAAGUUUCAGAGGUGAAGAUACUCGCAAGAGUUUUACAGAUCAUCUUUACACUACUUUGAAACAAAAAGGAAUUUUCGCCUUUAGGGACAACGAAGAACUCGAAAGAGGCAAACCUAUUAAACCUGAGCUUUUAGAAGCAAUAGAAGAAUCAUUGUAUGCUAUUGUCAUUCUCUCGAAAAAUUAUGCAUCCUCAACAUGGUGCUUGGAUGAACUUGUAAAGAUCGUGGAAUGUAAAGAUAAAAUAGGGUUAAUAGUUCAUCCCAUUUUCUAUGAUGUGGAACCAUAUGAAGUGCGAAAACAAACAGGAUUUUAUGCACAAGCCUUUGUCAAACAUGAAAAAGAGAAUAUAGAUAAAGUUCAAAAGUGGAGAGCUGCUUUGAAAGAAGUGGCCAAUCUCUCUGGUUUGUCUUUGCAUGAUAGGUAUGAGUCAGAAUUUAUCCAAGAUAUUGUGGAAUCCAUAUCACAUAAAUUGAGAUAUCGAUUCCCAAAAGAUACCAAAGGAUUAGUUGGAAUAGAUUCCCGAGUGGAGGAUUUGAUGUCGCUUUUAGCUAUAGGAUCAAAUGAUGUUUUCUUUGUCGGGAUUUGGGGAAUGGGUGGAAUUGGUAAGACAACUCUUGCAAGAGUUGUUUAUGAGAUGGUUUUAAGUGAAUUUGAAGGUCAUUGUUUUAUUGCUAAUGUUAGGGGUGAAUCUGAAAAAUGUGGGUUACUUCCAUUACAACAAAAACUUAUUCGUGAGAUUUUGAUGGAGGAAAGUGUGAAUAUAAGGGAUGAUUAUGAUGGAGUUGAUAUGAUCAAGAAUAGGUUGUGUCAUAAAAAGAUUCUUCUUGUUCUUGAUGAUGUAAAUCAAUUCAAUCAACUAGAAAAGUUAGUCGGGGACUCUAAAUGGUUUGGUCAAGGUAGCAGAGUCAUCAUAACAACAAGAGAUGAACAUUUGAUAAGACAUAAAGUAAAUAGUAUAUAUGAGGCUCAAGGAAUGAAUGAUAUUGAGGCUCUUCGUCUUUUUAGUUUGAAAGCCUUCAAAGAAUAUGAUCCACCCAAAGAUUAUCUAUCCUUGUCCACAUCUUUUAUAGAUUAUGCUAAAGGUCUACCUUUAGCUAUUGAUGUUUUGGGUUCUUUUUUGUACGAUAGAAGUAAGGAGGAAUGGGAGGGUACGUUAAAUAGGCUCAAAGAAUAUCCUAACAAAAAAAUUAUUGAAAUACUUGAAAUAGGUUUUGAUGGACUUCAAGGUACAGAAAAAGAAAUAUUUCUAUAUAUCGCAUGUUUCUUCAAUAUGAAGGCAAAAAAUUAUAUAGUAGAAAUACUAGACUAUCUUGGCCUUCACCCUAAAAUUGGAUUAAAGGUUCUCAUUGAAAGGUCUCUCUUAAAAUAUUAUGAAAAUAAAUAUUGGAUGCAUGACUUACUACAACAAAUGGGACAAGACAUGGUUCGUCGAGAUUGUCCUCUAGAACCUGAAAAGUGGAGCAAAUUAUGGCUAUAUAAGGACAUUCGCAGUGUGUUGAUGAAAAAUAUGGAAAUGGAAGCAGUUCAAGGACUUGUCCUUCAAUUUGGUGAACUAUAUAACUCAGAAAAGGCACAUUGGAAUCUUGAAGCCUUUCCAAAGAUGCCUAACCUUAAAUUGCUUAUAAUUCAUGAUGUUCAACUUCUACACGGUCCCAAACAUCUUUCUAACAACUUAAGAUUUCUUGAUUGGAGUGGGUAUCCUUCAAAAUCGUUGCCAUCGAAUUUUCAACCAGUUGAGCUUGUUGAACUUCACUUGUUGCAUAGCAAAAUUGAAUGGCUUUGGAAAGGAACAAAGUAUUUGGACAAGUUAAAGCUCAUCAAAUUGAACAAUUCCUUAAACCUCUUUGCAACCCCUGAUUUCACCGGAAUUCCCAACCUUGAGAAAUUAGUUCUUGAUGGUUGUAUAAAGUUACAUGAGGUUCACCCAUCUAUUAUGUUUCUUAAAAGGCUUACUCUUCUUGAUCUAGAAAACUGCAAAAGCCUUAGAAGUCUUCCAAGCAAGUUUGAAAUGGAGUCUCUUGAAAUUCUCAUUCUUUCUGGCUGUUCAAAAAUCAAGAGAAUUCCAGAAUUUAUGGUAAAUAUGAAACACGUAUCAAAACUUCACUUAAAUGGCACUGCUAUUACGAAACUUCCCUCUUCAAUUGAACAUUUGACUAACCUUGAUUCAUUGCAUUUAAGAGAUUGCAAGAAUCUUGUGUGUCUUCCCAGUAUCAUCUAUAGCUUCAAGUCACUUAAAGAUAUUAAUUUGGCUGGAUGCUCGAAGCUUGACGGUCUACCGGAGAAGCUGUGGAAUGUUGAAAGUCUAGAGAAGCUCAAUGCGAGUGGAAUUACUUUAAGAGAGCCGCCUUCCUCUGUUGUUACGUUAGAGAAUCUUAAAAAACUAUCUCUUCAGGGAUGUAAAGGGCCACCACAUAAACUAUGGAAAAAUCUGUUCUCCUUAAAUUUAAUGCCAAGAAGAAGCCUAAAUCCUGUGAGCUUGUUGUUGCCUUACCUUUUGAGUAUGGGUUCUUUAAAGAAAUUGGACCUGAGUGACUGUAAUCUUGAAACAAUCCCUAAUGAUAUUGGAAACUUAUCCUCUAUAACCAAAUUAAAUCUAAGUGGAAAUCACUUUAGUUCCCUUCCUGAAAGCAUGGUGCAACUAUCUAAAUUGGAGCGUAUUGAAUUAUUCAAUUGCACAAGACUUCGUUCAUUGCCACAAUUGCCAUCAACGUUUUCUGUGGUUGAAGCAAAUAAUUGUGACUCAUUGGAAAUGUUUCCAAAUGGAUUUAAAUCAUUUAAGUUUUUUAGAAGGCUUUCCCUCAUCAACUGCUUCAAAUAUGUUGGUCAGAGUGACAUGUCCUCUAAUAUGCUGGGAAUGCUUUUGAAAGCUUAUGAGAAAAUCUACAAGAAAUCUAUAGGAUUCCAUAACAACGGUGCCUUUACUUCUGUGAUUCUUGGGAGUGAAAUUCCGAAAUGGUUUACACAUCAGAGUGAGGGGGAUACAGUCAGUGCACAAGUUACUCAUCAAAACGAAAAUAAGUGGAUUGGAAUUGUUGUGUGUGUUGUGCCUAUGCCAUGCCUCAAUUGUGAGAGUCUUUUGCAUUGUGUAAUUCUAUCCAAUGAACAUCGUGUUUCACAGUUUUAUAUAGGCUAUUGCCCUAGGUUUGUUAAGAUUAAAUUAGAUCACCUUUGGUCAUCCUAUAUACCCUCUCAAGCAUUUAGUGAGAAUGAGAGAGCAGUAUUGGGUCAAAUUGAUGAGAAUGGAUUCAUACAGAUGAAGCUUAAAUUUCUAUGGGAUUCCAAGAUUAAGAAAUGUGGGUUUCGUGUAGUAUAUGAACAAGACAUUGAAGACAUCAGAGAAAUAAUAUCAGCUCAAUCCAGCAGCAACACCUUCAUCACUCCUUACGAGGGUUUGGUUGUUCAUCACAAUUCAACAGAAGGAAUCAAAUUGAAGCGAAGCCGUGGUGAAUAUGAUGGAGAAGGCAGCUCUAACAAUGUCCUACACUCAAAGAGGAUUGAAAGAUAGAGAAUUAACGUAUAGGCUCAUGCUAAAUCUAAUCGCAAGGAUUCUAAUGAAGAGAAAGUAGGCCAUGAUACAAAGAACUCUUCCUUGUCCACAAUAUUGUUUACAGGACAUCUAUAGUCUAUGAGUUUUUUUUUGGUCAAAAUGUCAUUGCCAUUACUAGUUUCUUAAACCUCUUAGUGUUUAGCUUACUAUGUCAUUUUCAUUUUACCACCUUGUACAAAUUUUUCCUUAAAAGAAUAAAUCCCAAUUUUUAAUUAACUAGUUUUGAAUUUUUUUUGAUAAUAAGUUAGAAGGAAAUUUAAUCCAGAUCAACCAUAUAUACAUCACUUGCUUGUUUUAUUUUAAAUUAUUAAAGUUUUUUGUUUUUGUUGUUUAAUUACACAAAAUUCUUAUUGACUUUCUAUUAGUUUUUGUGGAAAGUUAACGCACAUCAACCAUUGUAUUUUCUUUGUUGACUGUUGAGUAUAUUUGCACUCACCAGCAAUUUCUCAUACUUCCCUCUCUCACUCACCGUCAACGGCUCCUGAAGUAGCUACAAGUAGUGGCAAAACAAACUGUGAAGGUGAGUGCUUUUUCUUUUCUUUUUUGGUCUCAUAACUGAAUGAAUCAUUGUUGUCCAUUUUUGUUUCCUUGGAUUUCAUUUGAUAGAAUCAUAUUUUUGUGUUUGGUAAUGAGAUGAAGACACAUGUUAGAAUGCACUCACCAGUGGAUUCUCAUUCUUCCUCAUCUCACUCAUAGUCAGCAGCUCCUGACGUAGUUGCAAGUAGUGGCAGAACAAUUGUCCGUGAAAGCCAGUGGCUCCUGAAGUAGUUGUAAGCAGUGGCAAAACAAUCGUCUGUGAAAGGUGAAACUUUUUUUUUGGUCUCAUACCUAAAAGCAUCAUUGUUGUCCAUUUUCGUUUUGUUGGAUUUCAUUUGAUGGAAUCAUAUUUCUAUACUUGAUGUAAUGAGAGGAAGACACAUAUGUUUGAAUGCACUCACCAGCGGUUUCUUAUUCUUCCCUCUCUCACUCAUGGUCAACAACACUUGAAGUAGUUGCAAACAGUGGUAGAACAACAGUCCCGUGAAAGGUGAAUGGAACUGUAUAAGUAAGAAUUGCCCCAAGAUUGAAUGGUGAAGAUCAGCAUUUGGUUUCCCAAAGUAAUUCCAAAACAAGUGUUUAUAGGUUGGCUAAGGGUUCACAACAGAUUGUCUACAAAAGAUCGAAUGUUUUUGUGAUAUGCUAAUCUUGAUGCUCAAAGUGUUGUUUGUAAAAGAAGAAUUAAAAGUAUAGACCACUUAUUUUGUGAUUGUUCUUUCUUGAUGAUGAUAUGGUGAACCAUAAUGAGCUACUGCCUAAAACCCAAAGUUCUAUUAGCUGAUUAUGUUCUAUGAUGAGAAAUCACUUGUGUCUAGACUGGCAUACUGUGUAUCAUAUUUGGCUUCAGAGGAAUGCUAGUAUUCAUCAAGGAAGACUAUUUUCUGAAGAGGCUAUGGUUAAAAUGAACAUGUGGGAAGUGAAGAACAAAGUUGAAUGUAGCAGUUAUUGCAAUUCUGUUCAAAUCAAGAGAAUAUGUUGUCUUUGGGGCUAUUUGAUGUUCUGUAUUUCAAAAUAGUAGCAAUUAAUGGUCCUUGUCUCCUUGAACUAGCAGAUUUGGAAAUUUCAUUGUAAAGUUUAUGGUGCAGUGUUGACUGUUUCUGUAUUAGUGUUGUAUUGUUUGGUUGUAUUUUGAACU